ACCUCGUCUUGUAGUUCUCCCUGCCAAGUGCCAACCUAGCUCUUCAACUCUGCAAUUUGCCCACAAUCGGUCCUUCCUCGUCGGCCAGACGUGAAAUUGCUGUCUGCUUCCUGAAAACUAGCGCACGCAGCGCCGCCGCAGCAACUAACGUCGCACUUAGAAGGAACAACUGGUGAUAUCGACGGGAAGGGACCAGCCGGCUAGGAUGUGGGGUGCAGACAGAAUCAGUGGGUUGCCAAGCAGUGUUUUGGAUCACAUUCUGACGUUUUUGCCGCUGCGAGAAGCAGUGAGGACGAGUGUUUUGUCAAGGGAAUGGAGGAACAGAUGGGUAAAUAUGCCUGCCCUUGUCAUCGAUGACAAGUUUGGUAAGGUAGUGAGACCAGUCGCAGCUGCAGGUUCACCUGAUAUAGCAGCUGCUGCUAACUACAAACUUAUGUUGGAUAUUCUCAACGUUCUCAUGCACCACCGAGGUCGCCUAAAGGAGUUUUCUUUUUUGAUUCCUGAACUAAGAAGCUCGUUUCCCGACCAUCGGAUUGACCAGAUCAUCGACUUUUUAAACAUCAAACAUAUUGAGUCGCUGGCUAUUGAGAUCACAGACUAUGUGCUGCCAAGGCGAAUUUACUCCUUCACUCGACUCAAGAAGUUGAAGUUGUGUGGCUGCAAGUUCACAUCCUCCAACGUCGAAUUUGACAGUGCUUCGUUUGCUGGGCUCGACGUUCUCGAGCUUAUAGGUUUAGCGGUACCACAAGUUGAUGAAGCUUGUUUCAGCUUCAACUGCCUGUUGCUUUCUGCAUUGACCAUGGAAGGUUGCGGCCAUCAUACCAGCAAGAUUAGCAUUGUCAUUGAGGCUCCUAAACUAGAAUAUUUCCGUCUUUUGGGGAGCUUCAGCUUCCUGGAGUUCAAGCAUACCCCACUCCUCAAAACCGUAGAUGUCCAUCGAGAUUCCAGCAUCAAUAUUGUGGCCAAAGGCUACUCAAACUUUUUGAACUUUGCAGUCGGUCUUCCAGCAGUGGAGCGGCUUUCUGUCUCUGGUUCUUUCUACGACUACUUGACUAUCGGAGCUGAACAUGCAAUUAAGUCUUGCAGCCGGUGGUGUACGCUUAACCUGAAGCAUCUAAGAUUGGAUGAUUUGUGCCUCGGCUCAACUCUUACUGCCUAUCUGUGGUCUGGUUUUGGCUUGAUGAAUUCCUCCGCUGGCUUGACUGAAUUAAUCAUCAACAUUGGGAAGCCACACAAAUCUGGUAAUGUAGAACAGGGUUUGAAGUAUAUAAACAAUUACAAUAGUAGGAAGCUAAGGCCAAAACUGAAGCUAGUGAAGGUGAAUCAAUUUGACGGUACAAGGCUGGAAAUGGCUUUGGUACGAUCAUUCUUGGCGACAUCACCAGCACUUGAUAAGAUGGAAAUUGAGUUCUCAGCCGGCAUUGGAGUUGAAGAUCGAUGGUUGAUUUGUCAAGAGUUGUUGGAAUUUACACGGGCCUCGCCUACUGCCCGAAUCACGAUAAAGUAACUUGUAGCUAUAGCCAGUAAGCUGCCAAUAUGUAUGCGUACCACCCAUCAGAUGUUGUCUAGCAAAGGUUUCUACAUGAAGAUGGUUGGGUUUAUGGAUCUGAUGGUCGAGAGGCGCUUGUCUCCCAAGCCUAAGCGGGUGGUCAUGUUGUUAGUUAGGUGGAAGCUGGUAACUUGCAGCCUAGGAAGACAAGCCAACUACAAUUCCCAAGUUGGCAGUCAUUGAAAUUGACCCCAAAAUCAUGUGAAGAACAAACACCCUUGACUUCUUGUUUUCUAUUCAUCGUCACAGACUGAUUUAUUAGGAUCCAUAUUGUUGUGUACUCGGCUUUCAGUGUCUCCAAAUUCUUGUGCUUUCUAUGUAUUUUUUGUGGAUGGCCAUAUCUUUUUUUGCUGACAAACAGGAUGUUGCAGGGAUCGCUGGUGUGCUUGACAAAGCUUCAGGUCUUUUGUCUUCCUCCAGCAAAUAAAGAGGUACACAGGACCAAGAGUUCUUUGUACACUGCAUCAACUUGUGUAUUGUCCUUUUUCCCCAAUAACAGCUAGAACCCUACUUCUUCCUUUUUAGCUCUAGUGUAAGGGCAGAAGAAUGAGAUGA